GCGGACUGUGGGUAAUGACUUCGUGUAUACGCAACAAAAUGGGUGCCAAUGCUUCACAGCUGGAGAAGGAGAUCGGUUCAGAACAAUUUCCAGCAAAUGAGCAUUACUUUGGGCUAGUCAAUUUUGGAAAUACCUGCUACUGUAACUCUGUACUGCAGGCCCUUUACUUCUGCCGGCCAUUCAGGGAGAAGGUCCUACAGUAUAAACAGCAGCAGAAGAACCAGAAGAAAGAAACACUACUGACAUGUCUGGGCGACUUGUUCUAUAGCAUAGCCACCCAGAAGAAGAAAGUUGGCACUAUUGCACCCAAGAAGUUCAUACAGCGUCUGCGGAAAGAAAAUGAGGUGUUUGAUAAUUAUAUGCAACAGGAUGCUCAUGAAUUCCUUAACUAUCUUUUAAAUACGGUGGCUGAUUUACUGCAAGCUGAAAAGCAGGCAAACAAGCCAAACAAAGGACCGGAGACAAAGCCGGAGUCAACAUGGGUCCAUGAAAUUUUUCAAGGAACUCUCACCAAUGAAACUAGAUGUCUGAAUUGUGAAACAGUUAGCAGCAAAGAUGAAGAUUUCCUGGACUUAUCCGUUGAUGUUGAACAAAACACAUCAAUAACACACUGCCUGAGAGGUUUCAGUAGUACUGAGACCUUAUGUGCUGAAUAUAAAUAUUACUGUGAAGUUUGCUGUAGUAAACAAGAAGCUCAAAAGAGAAUGCGAGUCAAGAAACUCCCUCAUAUUCUUGCACUGCAUCUAAAGAGGUUCAAAUAUAUGGAGCAGCUCAAUAGAUAUACAAAACUCUCCUACCGAGUAGUGUUCCCGUUAGAACUUAGGUUAUUUAAUACGUCUGAUGAUGCGUAUAACCCUGAACGGAUGUACGACCUGGUAGCAGUAGUGAUACACUGUGGUAGUGGACCUAACCGAGGCCAUUACAUCAGCAUCGUCAAAAGUCACGGGUUCUGGUUACUAUUUGAUGAUGAUAUUGUAGAUAAAAUUGAUGCCUCUGCUAUAGAAGAUUUCUAUGGACUAACUUCUGAUCUCCAGAAAAAUUCAGAAUCUGGCUACAUUCUGUUUUACCAGUCACGAGAAUGAUCUUUGUGAUGCCAAACUCAUUUCUCAUGUUCUUAAUCUGUUAUGGAUUAUCAGGGUAUGACGCCCUGAGAUUGCUCAGGUCUCGCUUGUUUGAUAGAUUGAUAGAUUGGUUAGGAUGCACUGGUCUUACAAGAUUGAUAGCACCAAUGAUCUAUUGGAAAGGCCUAUUCAGAGAGCUGACAUGUAUGUGGGGCUAGGGAAAAAGGGAAAAAACCUUCAAAGUAUAUAUAAAAGCAAAAAUCUCAAUAAAUAAGUGACAAUAUUAUGUCCAUUACACAGUAGCCAUUUCAAUCAAUACGUUUAAACUUGGUCUGUCAACCUUUCAAAGGACUGCAGAGGUAUGCCAUGCCCUCUGCUCUUACAGGAAUCAAUCUUGUCACACAGCCUGGUGUUUGAACCACUGUGGCCAGUUGAGUGAAUAUUCCAGAUACGGGCCAGAAUAGACUUGCCCGACUUUAAAAAUAGGGUUGGCUGGCUUUUCAUUUUGUGUUCAUUGGUGUGAAAUCUUUGUGUUUUUAUCACUUUUUACUCAGAAGGAAAGUUCUCGAGUAGCACUUUCAAGAGUUUUAAGUGCAGUAUGCCUAAGCUGGACUUUUGUCUAUCACCUUCACAUUUGUUGUUGUAACUAAAAUGCCAGAAUUCAAAGUGGUUUUCGCUCCAACUAUUGUUUGUUUAUGCAUUAGUGGCAUAAAUGGGAAUGGCUAACAGUGUUAUGUAUACUAGUCUCCGGGUCACUGUUAUUCGAUGAAAGGGAACGAGUGCACUGUUACUAAGCAGGUGAUCAUGUCGACAUGUAUUUGAAAUGGAGAAAGAAGUUACAGUUGUAAACACCAGAUGUCAGGUGUUAUCAUAUUCUUGCAAAGCAUUGGAACACUUUUAUAUCCCGUCGUUAAUGAUUCAGUAAAUGUAAUUUCAUCUACUCACAUAUGUUAAUUAUAAUAAUUAUAACAUGUAUACUAAUUGAUUGUCAUUCAAGGAAAAGAAAAAAUUGAUGGGUCAUUUUCCAUCUGGUAGACAAAUUUGGAAAAGUUUGUUAUGAAUAUUAAAAGCAUGACUGGCGGUUUAAGUUUGUUCAGGUACACUGACUUGUGCUGUGUCACUGUGUUCUGUAUGUUCAAUCAAAACGCGAUAGGAUCAUCGAUUUGUAAAAAGCAUAGAGUCAAAAUGGUUGCAUGAUGGGGACAUUUCUUGUGGGUUCACUUUAUGUUGUCCUUCAUUGGUGUCGUACUCCUCAAAGAUGGCAUUGGUUACUUAGAAAAACCUCUAGUCUAUAAAGCGGACUUCAGUAAUCUGGCAAAGUAUUUGUUUCUGAUGAACAUCAUGGCAUUGAUAAUUAUAUUGAUCAGACCUCUAAUUGGAGUGUUCUGGCUGCAAAGCAAACGUGCAGACUGCUUAUUAUGGAUGGGGGUUUUCUUCCGUAGAAAUGUCUAAAGGUGAUUGUCAUCCGGGACCGCAAUGGUUUUUAUGGGUGUUACUGUUAUGUACCGAAUAUUUGAAAAAGAAACUUGCGGUAACUAACGCUAUUAUCACAGUAACCAUGUCACUGUUAUCAUCUACUGUAAUUUCUUCUAGGAUCUGUGGUGGAAUUUUGCCUUUGCCGAGUCUUGAGUGUCGGUUACUUGAUCAUGAGUUGUAAAUACAUGUACCUAAACAUCGAUCGUGUUAAGUGUAGUCUGUGUACUGUACUACCAACAAUAAGGUUUGUUCGAUUAGGUAUUUGUUAUCAAUAAUUGACCAUGGUGUCACAAAUUUGGUCAAAGUUAAUUACAUGUAAAUGAUAUAGUUUGACUUCUUUUUUUUUGCUGAUUUUUUGAAGUAUCAACCCAGGAUAGGUUUAUCACUCUGUCUAUCAAGGGUUGGAAUGAUUCAAGCUGGUGAAUUUAAUUUCAAAUUGUACACUGUAUUCUGAAAUUUCAUUAACCAUGUGCAAUUAUGUCAUCCUUUUUCUUAUAAUCAUCCAAGCGUGUGUUAAUUCAUGAUUGGCUCUCCAUCCUGGUGGUGCUUCACUUCAGUCUGUCAUCAAUCUUGCAGAGUAUUAGUCAAUGUAUUGUUAGUCGUCAUAGACUACAGUAAGCAUCAAUGUUAGUCAUCAUUGACUACAAAACCUGCAUAUUGUGGGCUGAAUUGUGCGAGACUUGAGUGAUUGAGGUUUCACUGUUUCAACAUCCCCAUCAGUGUCUGUUCUUAUGAUAGGUGACAAUCUUUUCAACUGACAACAACGUUUCUGAGCCCGUCCCGAUGUUCACCAAAUAUGUAUGUUGUCAGUAGUAGUCUUGUAAUCAUUCUCAGUUUAGAGGCCUACCUUGAUAUAAGUUAGGGGAGGGGGUAUUUAUCGAGGUCAACCCAUAUAGAACUUGAAGAGAAACUAGCGGACAUGACAACUUCAGAAUUUGUAAAGAUAGAUGGGAGAUGCACAAGUCCACGAUCUCACAUAAUCUGAGUCUGGCACAUUAUCCGAUAUUCUCUCAUUUUGCCAGUUUCAAAACAUUUCAUGUCCGAUUGCUAUCGCAUUGCAGCGCUUUCAUAAAGCAUGAUGACAUAUAAUCGUUGAUCACAGACCUCAAUAAUGGUCAGGUGAAACAUGGGCUGACAGGUAUUAUUGAACAUCGAGACAUUUUGAUCCUGGUUCAUGCCUGCACUACUGGAUGCUAAAGUCUGAUUCAUGUGCUUUUAGAUAUUGUGGGGUAGGGUGGAGGGAAAUCCCCUGACUGUGCUGAGUGUGGCCUAAGUCACUGUAGUAUGUAGAUAAUGCAAUUUGCUAUUGUUCGUAUAUUUCACAAGUGGCCACUGUUAAUAGGUAAAUAAUGUGAAUUCUGUCUCUUUUUUGCCCACCUAUCGAUCACCUAUCUCUAUGGCAGUUGUCUGCUAAUAUACUAUAUAUUGUUGAUCAAUUCAUGUGCCAAUUCACAUAUUCUGGGGGUACGUUCCUUAAUGUCACGUUGUGUGGGCCAUUUCAUGAUGGCCAUAUUUUCAAAUGUUUAGAGAGCAUUGAACUAGAGCACUGUGUGCAGAGUUUCCCGUUUGAUGUUAUUUAUUCAAAUGUAUGCUGGGUGUCCAAAAAAUGUAGAAAUAUAUUUCCAUCUGUCAGGGGAACAUGUAUUUCAUCACUUGGUCAAACUUGUGCGACUAUUCUGACGUUAUACUUACCUGGGUGAUCUGAACUCAACCCCACUGCAACCGGUUUUCAGUGAAGAAAGCUGGGGUUGAUAUUUCUUUGUGAUAUCCAGUAUUAGCAGGUAGUGUGUAUAUAGAUAGAUACAGCAGAAACUGCCAGAAAUAGCCUGCAGGACCAAUCCCGCACACCAAGAAAUCUCAAUCCAAGCUUUAGCUUAAAAAUCAAUUACAGUUGUGGUGCUCAGAAAGAAUAAUAUGGAGGGAUAAUGCUUGGUUUAUGAAUACUGGAGUUGUGUCACAUAGAUGCACAAUCAGACUUGACAUGCAUCACGUGAUGCACAAUCUUGCUAGUUGUGUCACAAAGAUGCACAAUCAUGUUAGUUGUGUCACAAAGAUGCACAAUCAGACUUGAUUUGUGUCACAUGAUACACAACUGUAUAACUUGCAUGGAUUCACAAUCGUAACACAGUGACUGCUGUCUCAUGUUGUAUAUACCAGUGUACAUUUUAUUGUAUUUAUGCUGUAAAUAGGCAAGACGUUGCCAAAUGCCUGUAAAUUACCAAAUGCUUGGUAGAAAUAGAAUCAUGCUUUUGUGCUAUAUAUUAUACCUCGGCAUUUUCAAAUUGUUAAAAAUAAAACAAAGAAAAAACUUUAA